AUGGCAAAAGAGGAAGAUGAUGAGAAGAAAGCCAAGAAAGGGAAGAAGGGAAAGAAGGCUCCGGAGCCCGAGAAGCCGAAACGGAGCUUAAAGGGGACGUCACGACUGUUCAUGGGCUUCCGUGACCGCACGCCCAAGAUCUCCAAGAAGGGCCAGUUUCGGAGCGCGUCGGCCUUCUUCUGGGGCCUCCAUACCGGCCCCCAGAAGACCAAACGCAAGAAGAAGGCGCGGACCGUGCUCAAGUCAACGUCGAAGCUCAUGACGCAGAUGCGGAUGGGCAAGAAAAAACGCGCCAUGAAGGGCAAAAAGCCGUCCUUCAUGGUGAUCCGCUUUCCCGGCCGCCGCGGCUACGGCAGGCUGCGGCCGCGUGCCCAGUCCCUCAGCAAGGCCUCCACAGCCAUCAACUGGCUCACCAAGAAGUUCCUAAUCAAGAAGGCUGAGGAAUCGGGCAGCAAGCAGGCCACGCUGGAUGCCUGGCUCAACCGCUCAGAUUCGCGGGGCUCGCACAAGCUGCCCUUUCCGUCUGGCGCCGAGAUCCUGCGCCACGGGGGUCGCCUGCGCCGCUUCCCGCGCAGCCGCAGCAUCUACGAGUCCGGCGAGCCUGUGGGCUUCCUGCCCUUUGAGGACAAGGCCUCGUUCAGACCCUCUGGCUCGCGCAGAUCGCUGUACGGGCUCGAGGGCUUCCAGGACCUGGGCGAGUACUACGACUACUACUGCGAGGGUGACGACUACUACGACCAGCAGUCGCUCUACCAGUACGAGGAGCAGCAGGAGCCCUACCUGGCCGGCUACGGCCUCUACAACCCAGCUUGGCCCCCCUACAGCAGUGACCCCUACUAUGGGUACCCACCAGAGGACCCCUAUGACUACUACCGUGCUGACUAUUACAGGGACUCCUUCCACCCACCGUACUCCUAUGGCUACAGCUAUGGCUACGACGACUACGAGCCCCCCUAUGCACCCCCAGCAGGGUAUGCGUCCCCCUGGGGGUACCCAUCUCCCUACAGCUGCUAUGAUGGGUACGAGGGUGAGGCUUACCCAUACAGCCACUACCUGGACCCCUACGCACCUUACGACAUGCCCUACCCACCCUAUGACCUUCCUUACGAGAUACCCUACUUCGAUCACUAUGGGAUCCCCUACAGCAUCCCCUACAGCGUUCCCUAUGCGGAAGGCAUCUACGGUGGCCGGGCCGAGGCCAUCUACCCCCCCGAGGCGCCCUACCUCUACCCGGAGGAGUCGGCCUUCACGUACCCGUGGGUCCCACCACCCAUACCAUCGCCCCACAACCCAUACGCGCACCCCAUGGACGACAUCGCAGAGCUGGAGGAGCCCGAGGAGGCAGGUGGAGAGCGGCAGGGCACCUCCUUCCGCCUGCCCAGUGCCGCCUUCUUCGAGCAGCAAGGCAUGGACAAGCCCGCUAGGUCCAAGCUGUCCCUCAUCCGCAAGUUCCGCCUCUUCCCGCGGCCCCAGGUGAAGCUGUUUGGGAAGGAGAAGCUGGAGGUGCCCCUCCCGCCCUCCCUGGACAUCCCACUGCCCUUGGGGGAGGCCGACGAAGAAGAGGACGAGGAGGAGAUGCCCCCAGUUCCCUACGGCCACCCCUUCUGGGGCUUCUUCACGCCGCGCCAGCGCAACCUGCAGCGUGCCCUGUCGGCCUUCAGGGCUCGCCGCGACCUGGGCUUCGGGCCCGAGUUUCGCCGUCUCCCGGCCCGGCCGGCCACCUCGCUGGCCCGCUUUCUCAAGAAGACGCUGUCCGAGAAGAAGCCUAUCCCGAGGCUCUGCGGCAGCCAGAAAGCAGGGACGGGGGCGCCAGCCAUCCGAGAGGCGGCCUACAAGCGCUUCGGGUACAAGUUGGCGGGCAUGGACCCGCAGCGCCCGACCACGCCCAUCGCGCUGCGGCGCGUGCAGCCGCGUGCGCGCAACAACAACAAGUCGCGCCCUCCGCCCGCGCCAGGCCGCACGCCCGCGCCCCUAGGCCGGCUGCGACCUGCGUCUCCCCCUGGCUCCCUGCGCAGACACCCGCCCCCUUGGGCUGCCCCGACGCACGUGCCACUUGGGCCGCAGGCGAGCUGGUGGAGCUGUGUGGAGCCCCCGCCGGUGCGGCUUGAGGGCUCUGUGGACGCGCUGGCCUUCCCCGGGCCCCGGACCUCGCUCAGGGGGUCCCGCAGGCAAGGCCAGGCCUUAGGCUUCACAGGCCGCUCGCCGGAGACCACGUGCCGGCUGGGCUGGCCGCCGCAGCCCUCCCCAAGAAGCCUACCUGGCCCCGGCCACCGCUCGCCCAGGGGGCCCCUCUCCCCACAGCCCUCCAUCCGCUUGGGCCCCUGCCGGCCGCCCUUCUCGCCCCCUCCCCGCCGGCCCCGCUCGCUUCAGGAGCCACUAACCCGGCGCCGCAGCUCCAGGCGCCGGGGCGAGCCCCGGCCACCCUCUCAAGCUGUCAGCCAGAGGCUGCCUGCGUCCCCGCCUCUGCUGGGCCCCAGCCUCGGGCGCCGCUCCCUAAACGUUCCCUCGCGCCUCCCGCACACCUGGAAACGGCUCAGUGAGCCACCUACUAGGGCCGUGAAGCCCCAGGUGCACCCACCCUUCCACGGGCCGCCGGGCUCGGGGUCCUGGCCGGUGAGCCGGGCUGCCCCUGAGCGCCAGGAGCCACAAGAAGACGCAGAGACACUCUGGACGGUGCCACCACUGGCCGCCAGCUGGGAUGUGGACAUGCUUCCCACCCAGCGUCCACCCUCCCCAUGGCCGGGAGGCAUGAGCAGCCCCAGGGAUUUAUCCAGGCCACGCCUUAUGCCAGAAAACCCCUUCCUGGAGCAUGUUGGCCCUGUGCCGUCCCCUACACCCCAGCCUGAGGACCCAGCCUUGGACCCAACCGGUGUCUUCUUGGGCAGACACUGUGAACCAGGUCCUGGAGAGCUCGCCAGAUCUGCAGGCCUGAGCCUUGAGAAGCCAGAAGCUGUGCUGGUGGACCCCCAGACACCAGCAGAGCCUGAGCCUCCAACCGUGACAACGUCCAAGGAUCUCACCCCAGAGGAAAAGGCACUAAGGCCCAGCCUAUCCCACCCACUGGCCGCGUGUGACCAGAUAAGGGCCAUGUGGCCACCGUGGCACCAUUGGAUGACAAUGCUCAGAGCCCCGGCUCCCUUGGCACCCACUGGGGCCCCUGAGCUCCUGCCUGAGGGAGGCAAGCAGUGCCAGGCCGGGCCUGGGCAUUGUGCAGUGGUCAUGCCUCGAGCGCAAAAGCUGAGUUCCUUCCAGCAAGUGGGUCCUGCCACCGUGCAGCCCCCAGUCCAGCCAGCCCAGGACCCGCAGCCCAGCCCAGAGCCUCGAGCCUGGAGUCUGCGCUGGGCCCACCUCUGGCAGCCAACAGAGGCCCACCGACCCUGGCCACGAGUGCACACUUACCCUCCGUCCUGCCACUUGGGCCCUGAAGCUGCCUGCUUGCCCCACAGGGGCCCCUGGAAAGAGGUUGGCCCCCAAAGUUGGCGAAAUAAGAUGCAUUCCAUCUGCAGCAUGCCGUUCCUGCGGUCCUAUGAACAGCGAGGGGAGGAUGGUGUGGAGGACAUGACGCAGCUGGAGGACCUCCAGGAGGCCACCGUGCUGUCCAAUAUCAAGACCAGAUUUGAACGGAACUACAUCUAUACGUACAUUGGCAGCAUCCUGGUGGCAGUGAACCCAUACCAGAUGUUGGGGAUCUAUGGGCCAGAGCAGGUGCAGCAGUACAACGGGCGGGCUUUGGGAGAGAAUCCACCACACCUCUUUGCAAUUGCGAAUCUUGCCUUCACCAAAAUGCUCGAUGCCAGACAGAACCAGUGCAUAAUCAUCAGUGGAGAAAGCGGCUCUGGCAAAACCGAGGCCACGAAGCUGAUUCUGCGCUACCUGGCCGCCAUGAACCAGAAGCGGGGCAUCACGCAGCAGAUAAAGAUCCUGGAAGCAGCACCCCUCUUGGAGUCCUUUGGUAAUGCGAAAACCGUAAGGAACGACAACUCCAGCCGCUUUGGGAAGUUCAUGGAGAUCUUUCUGGAAGGGGGCAUGAUCUCUGGUGCCAUAACUUCCCAGUACCUGCUUGAGAAAUCCAGGAUUGUGUUUCAGGCCAAAAACGAGCGCAACUACCACAUCUUCUAUGAGCUGCUGGCCGGGCUGCCCACUCAGCUCCGCCAGACCUUCAGCCUGCAGGAGGCUGAGACCUACUACUACCUGAACCAGGGUGGGAACUGUGAGAUCCAGGGGAAGAGUGAUGUGGAUGAUUUCCGGCGGCUCCUGGCCGCCAUGGAGGUGCUCGGUUUCAGUGUCGAGGACCAGGACAGCAUCUUCCGCAUCUUGGCCUCCAUCCUGCACCUGGGCAAUGUCUACUUUGAGAAGUACGAGACGGAUGCACAGGAGGUGGCCUCGGUGGUGAGCGAGCGGGAGAUCCAGGCUGUGGCAGAGCUGCUACAGAUCUCCCCCGAAGGCCUGCAGAAGGCCAUCACCUUCAAAGUGACAGAGACAAUGCGAGAGAAGAUCUUCACGCCUCUGACCGUGGAGAGUGCUGUGGAUGCCAGGGAUGCCAUCGCCAAGGUCUUGUAUUCACUGCUGUUUGGGUGGCUCAUCGCCAGGGUGAACACACUGGUGUCCCCACGGCAGGACACAAUGUCCAUCGCCAUCCUGGACAUCUAUGGCUUUGAGGACCUGAGCUUCAACAGCUUCGAGCAGCUGUGCAUCAACUAUGCAAACGAGAACCUUCAGUACCUUUUCAACAAGAUUGUCUUCCAGGAGGAGCAGGAGGAGUAUGUCCGUGAGCAGAUUGACUGGCAGGAGAUCACCUUUGUUGACAACCAGCCCUGCAUCAACCUCAUCUCGCUGAAGCCGUAUGGCAUCCUGCGCAUCCUUGAUGACCAGUGUUGUUUUCCUCAGGCCACAGAUCACACAUUCCUGCAGAAGUGCAACUACCACCAUGGCACCAACCCACUCUAUUCCAAACCCAAGAUGCCACUGCCUGAGUUCACCAUCAAGCACUACGCAGGCAAAGUUACCUACCAGGUGCACAAGUUCCUGGAUAAGAACCACGACCAAGUGCGUCAGGAGGUGCUGGACCUGUUUGUAAGGAGUCGGACACGGGUAGUGGCACACCUCUUCACCAGCUAUGCCCCGCAGGCUUCCCCUCAGCGCCUGGGCAAAAGCAGCUCUGUCACCCGGCUCUACAAAGCACACACGGUGGCUGCCAAAUUCCAGCAGUCACUCCUGGAUAUGGUAGAGAAGAUGGAGAGGUGUAGCCCGUUGUUUGUGCGCUGCCUGAAACCCAACCACAAGAAGGAGCCGGGUCUUUUUGAGCCAGAGGUCGUAAUGACACAGCUGCGCUACUCAGGGGUGCUGGAGACUGUGCGCAUCAGAAAGGAGGGCUUCCCUGUGCGGUUGCCCUUCCAGGUGUUCAUCGACAGAUACCGCUGUCUAGUGGCCCUCAGGCACAACCUGCCAGCCACUGGGGACAUGUGUGUGUCGCUACUGAGCCGCCUGUGCACUGUCGUGCCAAACAUGUACCGCGUUGGAGUCAGCAAGCUGUUCUUUAAGGAACAUCUGUACCAGCUGCUGGAGAGCAUGCGGGAGCGGGUCCUGCACGUGGCAGCUGUCACACUGCAGCGCUGCCUCCGUGGCUUCCUUAUCCAGCGGCAAUUCCGCUCAUUGCGCCACAAGAUCAUCCUGCUGCAGAGCCGGGCCCGCGGCUACCUGGCCAGGCAGCGGUAUCAGCAGAUGAGGAAGAGCCUGUUGAAGUUCCGGUCCCUGGUGCACUCAUACGUAAGCUACCGGCGCUACCUCAAGCUGAGGGCAGAGCAGAGGCACCAGGUGGAGGAGGCUCAGCUGCGGGAGCAGGAGGAGCUGAGCAAACGGGAAGUGGUGGCUGUGGGACACCUGGAGGUACCUGCUGAGCUGGCUGGGCUCAUGCGAGUGGCAGCAGACCUCAGGCUGGCCCAUGUGCCCCAGGUGGCCCUCAUACGGACUCCCCGGCUCCAGUCCGAGCCCUGUGUCACAUUGCCCCUGGAUAUCAACAACUACCCAAUGGCCAAGUUUGUUCGGUGUAACUUCAAGGAACCUACCUUUGGGAUGCUGACAGUGCCCCUGAGGACCCCUCUCACAUGGCUGCCAGCUGAGCACCACAGGGAAGCCGUGUGCAUCUUCAAGCUGGUGCUACGUUUCAUGGGAGACACCCACCUGCACGGAGCCCAGGAGCAGGUCUUUGGGAACUACAUUGUGCAGAAGGGGCUGGCGGUACCUGAGCUGCGUGAUGAGAUCCUGGCACAGCUGACCAACCAGGUGUGGCGCAACCCCAACACCCACAAUGCCGAGCGGGGCUGGCUGCUGCUGGCCACCUGCCUCAGCAGCUUCGCACCCUCCUCACGCCUCAACAAGUACCUCCUCAAGUUUGUGUCUGAUUAUGGGCAGAAUGGCUUCCAGGCUGUGUGUCAGCAGCGCCUCGUGCAGGCCAUGGGCCGGGCCCAGCAGCAGGGCUCCAGGGUCGCCCGCACCUUUCCCCCAACCCAGCUUGAGUGGAAAGCCACCCAGGAGAAAGCUAGCAUGGCGCUGGACGUGGGCUGCUUCAAUGGGGACCAGUUCUCCUGCCCAGUGCACUCCUGGAGUACAGGGGAAGAGGUGGCUGGAGACAUCCUAAGGCACAGGGGACUGGCAGAUGGCUGGCGGGGCUGGACAGUCGCCAUGAAGAAUGGGAUCCAGUGGGUGGAGCUGGCUGGCCACGACUAUGUGCUGGACCUGGUGUCGGACCUAGAGCUACUCAGGGACUUCCCGCGGCAGAAGUCCUACUUCAUUGUGGGCGCAGAAGGGCCUGUGGCUGGCAGGGGAAGCCCCAGCGUAGUGUUUGGGAGCAGCUGGGACUCAGAUGAGGAUGCGCCUGCAAGGCACCCACCCCAGGGGCACACGCCCCGUAUACCUGACUCCUGUGGGCACUACAGCCACAAUGAGGAUGGCACAAAUGGGGAGACUGAGGCCCAGGGAGAGACAGCGACCCACCCAGGCUGGGACAGCCUUGGGGAGCCCGCUGUGCCCCACAGGGGGCUGGACUGCUACCUGGACAGCCUCUUCGACCCUGUGCUGUCCUACGGGGAUGCGGACCUGGAGAAGCCAACAGCCAUUGCCUACCGCAUGAAGGGGGGAGGCCAGCCUAGUGGAGGCGGCAGCAGCAGCUCUGAAGACACCCCCGGGAGACCCCCAGAGCCGAAGCCAAUCCCAGGCCUGGACGCCUCCACACUGGCCCUGCAGCAAGCCUUCAUCCGCAAACAGGCCAUGCUGCUGGCCCGGGAGAUGACUCUGCAGGCCAUGGCACUCCAGCAGCAGCCCUUGGGCCCUGCCCUGAGACCUCUGCCCCCCGAGAAACCGCUAGUGCCAGAGGCAUGGCCAAAGUCUGUGGGCACUGGGCCUCCCGCCAAGCCAGUGCUCCUGCGCUCUGCCCCAAGGCCUGUGGCCCCAGCCCCCCUGACCAAGGCCCCCAGGCCCCCCCCCAAGCCCGCAGCUGUCUCCACUCUAGCUCAGGACUGGGCUUCUCCAGAAACCAGUGAGUCCUCCCUAGAGCUGGUUCGGCAUUCGAAGCUCAACUCAGAGCACUUCCCCCAGCCCACACAGCAGAUCAAGAACAUCGUGCGGCAGUACCAGGCACCCCGGGGAGGCCCGCCUGAGGCCCUCAGGAAGGACGGUGGGAAGGUGUUCAUGAAGCGGCCAGAUCCCCACGAGGAGGCCCUGAUGCUCCUGAAGGAACAAAUGGCUCACCCUGUGGCAGCACCUGGCACCCAGGUACCCAGAGAGGCCGUGGCCUUGGUGAAGCCGGUGACCAGUGUGCCAAGGCCAUCUGUGGGGCCCACUCCAGAGCUGCCCUCUCGGUCACUGGAGCCCCUAGAGGAGCCCGUGCAGACGCAACUGCACCGCCUUAUCAACCCCAACUUCUACGGCUACCGGGAUGCCCCUUGGCGGAUCUUCCUUCGCAAAGAGGUGUUUUACCCCAAGGACAACCACAACCACCCUGUGCAGCUAGACCUCCUGUUCCGGCAGAUCCUGCAUGACACCCUAUCUGAGGCCUGCCUGCGCAUCUCCCAGGACGAGCGGCUCAGAAUGAAGGCUCUGUUUGCCCAGAACCAGCUGGAUGUGGAGCGGCCUCUGGUGACGGAGAGCAUGAAGCGGGCCGUGGUCAGCACUGCACGAGACAGCUGGGAGGUGUACUUCUCCCGCCUCUUCCCUGCCACGGGUAGCGUGGGCACUGGUGUGCAGGUCCUAGCUGUGUCUCACAUGGGCAUCAAACUCCUGCGGAUGGUCAAGGGCAGCCAGGAGGCCAGCGGGCAGCUUCAGGUUCUCCGCACAUACAGCUUUGCAGACAUCUUGUUUGUGACCAUCCCCUCCCAGAACAUGCUGGAGUUCAACUUGGCCAGCGAGAAGGUCAUCCUCUUCUCAGCCCGUGCUCACCAGGUCAAGACCUUGGUAGAUGACUUCAUCAUGGAGCUGAAGAAGGACUCAGACUAUGUGGUGGCUGUGAGAAACUUCCUGCCUGAGGACCCAGCGCUGCUGGCCUUCCACAAGGGCGACAUCAUCCACCUACAGCCCCUGGAGCCACCCCGAGUGGGCUACAGUGCUGGCUGUGUGGUCCGGAAGAAAGUUGUGUACCUGGAGGAGCUGCAGCGUGGAGGCCCUGACUUUGGCUGGAGGUUCGGGACCAUUCACGGGCGUGUGGGCCGUUUCCCCUCGGAGCUGGUACAGCCCGCAGCCGCCCCCGACUUCCUGCAACUGCCAGCCGAGCCGGGCAGGGACCGGGCCGCUGCCGUGGCUGCUGCGGUGGCCUCCAUCGCAGCUGCUCAGAAGGUGGGCCGCUGGAGAGAGGGUCCUCUGGCCAGGGUGGGCACACCUGACCGCCUGGAGGAUGCCCUGACUCCUCCACGGCUUACUAUGCUUGAGUUUGCCCAGAAGUAUUUCCGAGACCCGCAGGGAAGACCCAAGGAUGGUCUCAAGCUGAAAUCCAAGGAGUGUCGGGAGUCCAGAACCUUGGAGGAUAUGCUUUGCUUCACUAAGAUCCCACUCCAGGAAUCCCUCAUCGAAUUCAGUGACGGCAGCCUCAACAAGAUGGCCACUGACAUGUUCCUAGCUGUGAUGAGGUUCAUGGGAGAUGUCCCACUGAAGGGCCAGAGUGAACUGGAUGUGCUCUGCACCCUCCUGAAGCUGUGUGGGGACCAUGAGGUCAUGCGGGACGAGUGUUACUGCCAAGUUGUGAAGCAGAUCACGGACAACACCAGCACCAAGCAGGACAGCUGCCAGCGAGGCUGGCGGCUACUAUCUAUCGUGGCUGCCUACCACAGCUGCUCCGAGAUCUUCCAGCCAUACUUCCUCUGCUUCCUCCAAGACAUGAGCCGGGCCUCGGGCCUACCCUUCCAGGGUAUUGCCAAGGCCUGUGAGCAGAACCUGCAGAAAACCUUGCAGUUCGGCGGCCGCUUGGAGCUCCCCAGCAGCAUGGAGCUUCGGGCCAUGUUGGCUGGCCGAAGUUCCAAGAGACAGCUCUUUCUUCUUCCUGGAGGCCUUGAACGCCAUCUCAAAAUCAAGACAUGCACAGUGGCCCUGGAUGUGGUGGAGCAGAUUUGUGCUGAGAUGGCUCUGACAUGCACCGAGGCCUUCGAUGAGUACGUCAUCUUUGUUGUCACCAGCCGAGGCCAGCACGUGUGCCCACUGAGCCGCCGUGCCUACAUCCUGGAUGUGGCCUCAGAGAUGGAGCAGGUAGAUGGCGGCUACAUGCUCUGGUUCCGGCGCGUGCUCUGGGAUCAGCCGCUCAAAUUUGAAAAUGAGCUGUAUGUGACGAUGCACUACAACCAGGUCCUGCCUGACUACCUGAAGGGCCUCUUCAGUAGCAUGCUGCCCAGCCGGCCCAGUGAGCAACAGCUGCAGCAAGUGUCCAAGCUGGCCUUACUGCAGCACCGGACCAAGGACCACUUCUACCUGCCCAAUGUGCGGGAGGUCCGGGAGUACAUCCCAGCCCAGCUCUACCACACGACGGCCAGCUCCACCUGGCUCAGCCUGAUCAGCCAGCACUGGCAGCAGACACAGGCACUCAGCCCCCACCAGGCCCGCGCCCAGUUUCUGGGUCUCCUCAGUGCCUUGCCCAUGUUCGGCUCUUCCUUCUUCUUCGUCCAGAGCUGCAGCAAUAUGGCUGUGCCAGCUCCUUGCAUCCUUGCCAUCAACCAUAAUGGCCUCAACUUCCUCAGCACCAAGACCCAUGAACUGAUGGUGAAGUUCCCCCUGAAGGAGAUCCAGUCGACCCGGACCCAGCGGCCCACGGCCAACUCCAGCUAUCCCUAUGUGGAGAUCGCACUGGGGGAUGUGGCGGCCCAGCAUACCAUGCAGUUGCAGCUGGAGCAGGGCCUGGAGCUAUGUCGCGUGGUGGCUGCCCAUGUGGAGAACCUGCUCAGUGCCCAUGAGAAGCGGCUCACGCUGCCCCCCAGCGAGAUCACCCUGCUCUGA